AUGGCGCACGCCGGUACCGGCGGCCAGGGGAGGCGGGGCUUGCUGGAGCAGGGAGCUGUGCGGGGCAGGGCACGCCAACAGGCGCGAGGGGGCGCGGACGGGCGUGGUCCGCGCGCGGCGAGCGCGAGGGCAUGCACGCGGAGGAGGAGCGGGGCGCGGCUUGCGGAGGGUAGGGGUCAUCACGGCCGGGCGUGGUGGAGCAUGGGGGAAGGGGGGCUGGGAGAAGAAGUAACAGCGACAACAGGCGGGACAGGCGAGCGAGGCGCGGUAGCAGCCGUAGCACGGGCGGAACGAGCAGGCAGAAGCGGGACGCGGGCGCGCGGACGGGCACGGUCGCCGCGCGGCGAGCACGAGCGCGCGCGCGCAGAGGGGGAGCGAGGUGUGCAGCGGCAGCAGCUCGAGGGCAGUGGGGCGCGGCUGGUGGCUGUGAGCGGGCAGACGGCACGCGUGUGUGCGGUAGGAGGGCCGCAGCGGCAUGGCGAGGCGGGCGCGUCGCGGGACUACAGAAGGGGCACGAGGCGCGCGGCCAGGGACGCGGGCGGGGCGCGGGCGCCGGUGCGCGGCGGUGAUCGCAGGGAAGGAGGAAAAAAGGGGGGCUCACGGGGGGAUGCAGGGGACGGGGCAGUGGUGCUUGGGGAGGACGACGGCGACGACGUGCGUAGAGGGGAGGCAGACCGGUGA